AUGACUUCUACUAAUACUACUAGCGCCAGGACGUUCACCAACCUUGCUCUGACAGUAACGGAUACUAUCACCACCACGGCAACCAUCAUCGACACAACGACCACCACGACCAUCACCCUUCAGAUCACCACCACAUAUGGUCUGGACGGUCGCGAUCACUACUCGUUCACCAUCAACUACCAGAAUGAUUUCCCUUUCGCUUCCUCCAGGACCAUUGAUCCAGUGACUUCUCUCAUCUGUAACCGGCUGCAGAGCCCCUGCAAUGCCCCUGAAGAAGAAUUCAAUCGUUGUUGGGAGGCGGCAGCGAUUGUCUACCAGUUCCAGGGUCAGGAAGCCGCUGAUGUCUGGAAUGACCUCAUGACCUAG